UUUUUUAUUUGCUUCAAUACACGUCGUAUUUUGUCUUGUACGUAGCUACUUGGAGAUGGGAAAGCCAGAAAAGCCGUCAAAGGAGAAGUCGUCGAAGCACGGAUCGAAGAAGGCGGGGGAGGAUGUGGUGAAGAAGGUGAAGAAGGAGCACAAGAUGAAGGAAAAGAAGGAGAAGAAGGAGAAGAAGGAGAAGAAGGAGAAGAAGGAGAAGAAGGAGAAGAAGGAGAAGAAGGAAAAGAAGGAAAGUAAGGACAAGAAGGACAAGAAGGAAAAGAAGGAAAAGGAGAGCAAGGUCAAGAAAACUGGAAAGACCGAAAAGACUGGUGCAGAACCUUCAACAUCAGCAGGCUGGAACAACUGGGCAGCAGCAGACUUUGGCGACGACGCGCGCAAGCAGAAGUUCUUGAAGUUCAUGGGGAUCAAAACGACAGCGGCAGCAGGCAGCGAGGGAUCGGGCGGGCAGCCGUCGCCGUUCGAGUCGGCGCUGACCAAGAGCGGGGCAAGCAAGAUCCAGGGGGAGCUGGAGAAGCAGUUCAAUGCCGGACUGGCAAUGCGGCAGCAGACACAGAAGGGAUUCCGCGGUGGACUCGGGUUCUGAAGGCAAUGGAAUAGGAUGUAUGUAAAAAAAAU